AUGAGCCGGUCCUUGCAAUCCAACAGGAACGACGAUUGGGAUUGCUAUCAGAUGGCAUCGGUGGGUGAACGUUUAGAGGCUCUUGGACGGGAAGCCAGUAGUGUUCGUGUCCACGGCUACUCCGCAAGACAUAUGCCGCCUAUUGUCGGAGGGACCUCGGCCCGCACCAUUUAUCGAGGCCCAGAACAACCACCCUCUAUCCUUCUAUCUCUCGGGCCAUUCCAAGUAGUCGCAAUACCGCCUUGUUGCACCUUCCUUCUUCAGUCUCAGCCUUCCAGCCUUCCAGACUGCGAGGCUAGAGACAGGACAAAAGUAGCCGAGUACAAAGUAGCCAAUGGCACACUCAGUCUCAGUCUCAAUCUCAAUCUCAGUCCGUCUCGAUCAGUCUCAGUCCGUCUCGAUCAGUCUCACAGUGUAUUUGGUCUGGCGGUUCUUUACGAAGACUCUGAGGUCAAUCGGUACUGGUACCAGAAUCUCAGGGUCGGUCGAGAUGUUGAGGCCGCUCUGGGUUUCAGUAUCGACAAGGCUUCGCAAAUCGCAACAACAGAAUGGGAACAACAGAAUGGACUUACGCGGCAUUCAGCAUAUAUACUCUGGCUCGCAUUACCUUCACUCAGAACAGAAGCAAUUCACGAGCUGCCCAAUCACAUUUGCAGGAAAUCAAAUCAGCAUACCAAGAUCAGUGGGGACGUACCGAUGGCUAACGGAUUUUUAUCGGUAGGGAUGAAGGCUGAUGUCUGGCCGGAGAAGAGUUCCUUGACGAAUCGCCAAUAG